AUGAUCUUAAAGGAUUCAAAACUAAGGAGAGAUCACUCUUCAAACAAAUGCUUGUACUUAAAAUCUUUAGGAAUGUUAAUGCAAAUUUAGGAACUAAGAAAGUCGUAAGAAAUCACAAAUUGCCUUAAAAUAGCUGAUAAAAUUCUUGAGAAGCAUCCUGAUCAUACUUUUACUAUCUCUUAAAAAGCAAUAAAUUUGUCUACUGCAAAUAGAUCAGAUGAAGCUUAUAAACUCAUUAAUCAGCAUUUGAUGAAAAAUCUUGCAGAUCCUCAUUUAUGGAAUCUAGAUGAAGCUAGAAAAGCAUAUCUUCGAGCAAGACAGUACUUUCCAGUUGAUGAAGAUGGACUUAAAGGGUGCACUGAAGAGUUAUCUAAUCUGUACUUACUCUAAAAGAAUUACAAUAGCUACAUUGAUAUUAGAAAGGAGAAUCGACAAUACAGUGAAGCAUUAGGAGUAUUGCAAUCUUUGGAAAGAAAUCUCAAAGGGACUAAAGAAAAAAUAAAGCCACAUCACACCUCAGAGAUGACAUUGUUUGAAGCCCAAAUUCUUGAAGACAAUGAGCAAUUAUAAACAGCAAUUAAACUUUUAAAUAUGCCUGGCAGAGUAAUUGAUCAAGUAAAAUUAUUGGAAAUUAACCCAGCAAAUUUAAGAUAUUUAUUGGAUCUACUUUAGCUAUAUGGAUUUCAGGGAAUUUCAUUUGAUUCAAGUUUUACUCAAGAGUAAUAGGAUAAGAUAAUUGAACUAGUUGAGAAAUAUGGAAAAUCAAGCAACAAACAUUUGAUAUUACUUAAAGCAACAACAGGUCAAAAUUUUGAGAAUAGCUUCAAAAAUUAUGCUGAUUAUUUGCUUAAUAAAAAUUCUCCAGCAUUUCUGAAUUAGCUUAAAGGAUUGUACAACAGUAAAACUAAUCACCAAGAAAAGACUACUGCUAUUUCAAACUAACUUAAUUCAAGAUUAGCUGAUGCCACAGAAGAACAAUAACAAUGGAUUCAUGCCUAUUUAGCAUAACAUUACGCUUAUCUUGAUAAUGUUGAAAACUCAAAUAAAAGUGCAAAUGAGGCCUUAAAGCAUGAGAGAGAUGAUGCUGAUUUAUACUUUGUAAUUUCGAAAGCAUUUGGUCUUUUGAAGAAUAUAGAAAUGCAGCGAUAAUUAGCUGAGAAAGCUAGAAACCUAGAUAAAUCAGAUAGAUAUUUCAGCACUUAUUCAACUAAGUGCUAACUGAGAUUAGGAAAUAUUGAUGAAGCUUAUGAAAUUAUGAUUCCAUUCAGCAAAAACACUUACACUGGAGAAUUCAAUUCAUUUUAGUUGGAGUCACUAUGGUAUGAGAUCGAACUUGGAAAUGCAUAUCUAAAGAAGCAAAAUUAUGUCAUGGCGUUGAAAAUAUUUAACUAUGUAAUCAAGCACUUCAACAAAUAUGAUACUGAUUUAGCUGCUGUCUACUAAUACAACUUCGGAUACUUUAACUUAAUAACUUUCUUGCAAGUUGUUGAAUAAUUUAAUUUGUUAUGGAAGAAUAAGUAUGCAGUGAAGGCUGCGAAGGGUAUAUUGUCAUGUCUAUAAUAAUUACAAGCCACUAAACAAUAAGAAAUUGAAAGAGUAGGAUAAUUAGAUAUAGAAUUUAAAAACUCUAAUGAUUAUAAGAAAUUGAAGAUUGAGGAGAAAAAAAAGAAUGAAGAUGACCAAUUUGAUUUUGACACUGAUAUUCAUGGCUAUACGCUCUAUGUCAAAUUUUUGAAAGGAGAACAUGCUUAAUUCAAGGAAUUUUUGGAAAAAGUUACUCAGUAAAAUUUAGAUGAUAAUGAAUUGCAAAAUCUUUGUUAAUUGCAUGCAGAAACAAACCAGGUGUCUAAACUUUAGGUCAGUAAUUGA